CUGAUGUCUGAGUGCACCAAGACCGUACGACCGCAGGAUGUCGCGCAGAACGCUUCGUAGGUGUAGAUGCAAGACAUCCUUGCGUUAACUGCUCUACCGGUAUCGAUAGUAUCGCCUCGUUUACUGAAGGAAAGUCCGAUAUCUAACCGACCGCAGCUUCCUGGCCUGGGAAAAGCUAACACCACCCGAACCUGUGCGUAGUGCUUUAUGCAAUUUAUACGCGAUAGGGGUGCACAAAGGUAGCCUGAACGCGCAAGUGGCACUUCGCUGGUGGAGGCAUGGUGAUGGUUGACUCCAUCCACGCAAUUGGGUCUUCGUCUGCCAGCCAUGGAUCCAUCUCAACCCGUCGCCAACGGGUAGCAACGCGUUCAUUCAAACUGAGUACGAAAGUCCAGCAUGGUCCCAGCUUCCUACCACGUCGUGGCGCUUUUCCUAACCGUUGUCUCCUACAUCCUCGCGGCACCUCAGACGACAACAACGCAGAAACCAGCAACACCGCCAGCCCUCCGCCUCCGGGUUCCUCUGCGCCGGCCAGGCAAGCCUCUAGCUCCUCGUCAGGGAGCCCUGAGGCAGACCCUGACAAAGCCGCCGUAGAGGCGAUUUGGCAGGCCUUCAAACGCGAUGCACAGAAGUCGUUGGGCGAGAACGAGGCCAAGGUGCUUGACUCACUCAAGGUCGAUGACGUUAUGGGCGAGGGGGGUGACCUGAUGGCCAAGAUCGCAGAGGAGCAGCUGGGUCCGCUGCUGCGCUCGCUGGACAUCGCCGAGGAGCCGCUGGCCUUCUUCACCGACCUGCUGCGCACCGCCACGGCGCUGCAGCUGCUGUCGGCGGGGGCGCUGUUCUACGGAGCGGAGCUGGGGGCGGGGUGCGACGCGGGCGAGGCGCUUCGCUGCGUGUGCGGCCUGGCGCUGGGCUACCUGAGCCGCCCCUUCCUGCGGGUGGAGCUGCUGCUGGCGCCGCUGUAUGACUGGGUGCUGCAGCGGGUGGCGCCGGGGGCGGUGUACGAGGUGUCCUCCAGCCCCGAGGACGCCCAGGCAGUGCUGUCGCAGCUGGGGGUGGCGGUGGCGGGCGCCUGCCUGCUGCCCCGUCUUCUGUGGGGCUGGGAGGAGGGGGAGCUGCUGCAGCUGGUGCUGCCGCUAGCGGGCGGGUGGGUGCUGUUCGAUGUCAUGUACUGCGCGGCGCUGCUGGCCAAGUUGUCGCGCUAGCGGGGGCCCUCCCAGUAGCGAUGAUAGAAAAGGUGGGAGGGCUACGGAGGAGGCGUGAGGGCUGGGAGGGUGUGCAUCCGUAAGUGAGGUGAGGGGGCUGUGCGAGUAGAGAGCGAGGCGGUGGGAGGGAUUACCAAGGGUGCCGUAGUGGUUGGGGCGGUGGUAGCGGAAGCUAGGUAGAGCUAGCGGCAGGGUUGCGCGGGGAGGGGUGUGUGUAGCGUACAUGAGAGAUCGUGAGAGGAGCGCGCUGGUUGCGGCCUUCCGGCAGACGGUGCGCUUUCCCCAUGCAUGCCGUCUAGGGGGGCGUUGCGGUGCGGCAGGUUAGCUGUUACUGUUGGAUGCUGCAUGCAGUCGUUGCGGGUAGCGGUAGUGGGUGGAAGAGAGUGGGUGUGCGAGGGAGAGAGAGGCAGGUUGUGUCCGCUGGCAGCGGUGGCGUUUAUUACUAGCUGACUUACAAGAAAGGACUGUUCGAGGUAUGAGACCGUACGCGCAGCCCUGCCCACUCGGAGUACCACUCGGGCUGUGAAUGUGUCAUGCUGUAGGUCGUACGAAGGCACACGCAUUGCAGGCUUGUCACAUUGAUAAUUGCUAUUUUGCAGGAAACAGUAAACAUCGGGUUGCAUUGCAUUCACCAACAACAACAAAUCACUCGUCCACCUGGGAGGUAACGGCAACCCGUGUCUGCACGGACCAACAACCAACUGCAGGUGGUAGAGAUGCAUAUCACCCGCACGUCUGUCUGGUCGUCUCUGACGUUCGACCCCUGGGCUCCAACACCAUUGCCACCCUCACCUUCCUCCUGCUUGGUACACCUUGCCUGACACACCCCACACAGCACGCAGGCAAGCACUUGUUUGUAAUCGUAACA